AUCCUUAAACUUUUUUUAUACUUCCCACGAAACUUUUUUAUCCUUCUUACGAAGCUUUUUUUCCCUCCUUUAGCAUUUUAACUGACACAAGUAUUUAUAAAGUUAUUUCAUUCAUUUUUACUCUUUUUAUCUAACUAUUCCUUAUAAAAACACUGAUAUUUUUACCCUUAACCUACUACCUUAAUUACAACAACACCACUUCUAAUAUGAAUGUAAAUGAACGAGCUUAUACUGACGCUACUGACAGUACUGGCGAUACUGAUGAAUCAUCAAACUUAUUAGCAGCUGCAGGUAUUGAUAGAUUACUAUUGCUUAAUGAAAAUAGUGAUUCAGCUUUGUUUUCAGGAAAGAAAUUUACUUCGUGGGAUGAAUGUGAAAUGUUUUUAAAUGAAUGGGCAAAACAACAAGGCUUUCAUUUAAUAAAAGAUCGUGUCACUCGUGAUGAUGGUGUUAUUCGUCGAAGAACAUUUAUCUGCUCUCAUGGACGUACUUAUGAAUCAAAUUCAUCAAGAAAUACUGCUA